CAACACACGGUUCAAUAUUUUUGUCAAUAUUAUUGUCAACUCUUGUAUAUUAUGAGAGUCUUGUUAUGAUUUUGUUAUAAGAUAAUUAAUACUAAUAGUGGGUGUUAUUGGAUACAUAUAAUUGAAUCACACAUCAGAAAGAUGGUUUCAAACGAUCCGUAUGCCCAAGUAGCUAAAGGAAAAUUAAAAUUAAAGGGAGAUUCAGGCAUUAAAAAGAAAAAGAAAAAUAAAAAAGAAAAAGUUCUUGAACAAGUAUCCAAAACACUGGAUAUACCUGAACAGAACGAACAACUGAAAUCUGAACUUAAGAAAACUAAAGCUGAAAUGGCGUAUCUCAAAAUGAAAGAAAAGAUGCAAACAGAAAGAAUUAUGGAAAAGGCAUCUUUAACCCACAAGCAGAGAGUUGAAAAAUUCAAUCAACAUUUGGACAGUCUUACAGAGCAUUUUGAUAUUCCUAAAGUUUCAUGGACUAAGUAAAUGUAUGUAUUUGUUACAUUUUUUCAAAAGUUAGAUACUAAAUAAAAUAGAAACAAUA